GUUAAAAUUGAAGCCGAUACAUACAUCCAAUGCUCUAUCAGUUUUCUGGGACCUAUGCAUGUUCCUGCACGUAGUCCUGCUUUAUGAUAGUCCUAGAAAUGACCAGGCCCAGAACGCACCCCACUCAGCUGUGCCAUGUUGUUCCAAAGAUGCUGAAAGUGCAGUCUAGAUUGCUUGCUAGGGGCUGAUGCGCAUCGUCGGUAACAGUCGACGUUGAAGCAAUCCCCCAACACCGAAUUCCCCCACGAAACCUCCGGCGGCAUCAGCUGCCUCAAAAGACUCACGCAGAGGACGCGUGGAAGAGUUACGGCUUGAGCGAGAGCCAAGCCGAUUGGACGCCUGACUCACGCAGAGAGGGAGGCGGACUGGAUCGCGGGCACCCGGCCUGCGGCCGUGAGCACAGGUGAAACACCCGUCGUGCGCCUGCGCGCCUCUAUGUCCAGCCGAGCCAGCAGCGCCGGAGGCGGCGCCGCAGCCAGCGGCGCCGCCGCCACCGUCGCAGCGUGCUGCGUGCUGCCCUUCCUGUGCCUGGGCAUGCUGUGCCAGGGCUUGGCGUUGACCGCGAUCGGCGCGGUCAAAGGUCUGGUGGUGGUGAUCCCGGUGGCCGCUAUCACCGUGCCGACUUGGAUCCUGGCGACGAUCCUGCACUGGCCGGCGGCGGUACUUAACGCGAUGGCGACGCUCGCCGUCACGCAGCGACUGGGCACCAGCCUGCGCAUCCUGCUGCUGCUGCUCCUGCCGCUGCCACUGCUGGUGUGGCCCGUGGCGACCUGCCUUGCCAGCCUCAUGUUCAGCCUGGGCGUGGGCUUGCUGUGGCCUCUGGCCGCCACCGUGGCUCUGGGCAGUCUGCGCGACUGCUCCAAGCUCGUGAACGCGGCGGUGCUGGAGCCGGUGGAGCUGGCCAAGACGUGCGCGGUGGAGGUGUGGCGGCUCAACUCCACCCUCAUCUUCGCCUACCUGGAGGACCUGCGCCGCCCCUACUUCGGCGAGCCGCUGGACGUAAGCCCGCUGCGGCUGGCGGCGGCGGCGCUGCUGGGCCUGCUGUGCGGCUUCGCAGCCACUGCGGCCGUGCUGGUGCUGGGCGUGCUGCGCCUGCCGUUCGUGAUGGCGCGCGCCCUGGGCGAGUGGAUCCAUCUGCUGGCCAAGUGCCCGCCCAAGCUGCUGUGCCUGUGGCUGCCGCUGUGGGUGCUGGGCAUCCCCUGCAUACCCAUCAUUGUGCUGGGCGGCUUCCUGCUGGUGCUGCUGGGCUGCUUCGUGUACCUGGGCCCCAUGGCGGGGGUGGUGGCCUACAUCAGCGGUGCCAACCGGCCGCCGCACCGCAUGCUGGUGUGGUCGCUGUGCGCGGCUCUGGACUUCCUGUACGCGCACAUCUACGCGCUGGACGAGGCGGCGGUGCAGCUGACGGGGCUGGGGGCGGCCAGCCAGCUGCCGCCGCCCUCCCGCAGGGCGCAGCUGUGGACCUACGGCGGCAGGGCGCCGGCCGCACAGGCGCAGGCCAGCCCUGCGGGCGGCGCGGCGGGCGCCGCCGGCGCGGCUGCGGGGCCGCCCAGUCCUCAGGAGCAGGCGUGGGCGACGUUUGAGGACCUGACGGGCUCGGCGGUGCAGCGGGCGCUGCUGUGGGGCUGGCUGCCGCGCACCGACCUGGCAGACAGCGAGGCGUACCUGUUCAUUGGCCUGCCGGCGCUGGGGCUGUUGCAGCUGCUGGCGGACGCAGCAGCUGUGCCGCACAACUGGAUGCCCAGCGAAAGCGAGUUCGAGGGCGGCGGCGGCGGUGUCGGCGGCGCAGGUGGCGAGGAGGACGAGGGGGCAGAGCAGGGCGGCGGCGCGAAAGUGACGCGCGGCGUGGAGGAGGGUGGGAUGGCCGACGGCGGCGAGCCAAGCGCCGAGGCCGACGGCGUGGGCGAGAGCGAGUACCGGGACCGACUGGUUAGCCUGGGCCGAGCAGGCGACGGAGCCAGCUCAACGGCAGGGGGCACGGGCACGGGCUCCGGCCCGGGGCACUGGCGCUCGCGGUCUGCGGCCUCCCGCCCGUCGGUUGACAGCGUCACGGCGGCUGGCGGCGGCGGCGGCGGCGGCGGCGGCGGCGGCGCAAGCGGUACCGCUGUAGCUGGCGGCAGCGGCACGGCUACGCCGACGGCGGGGUAUUCAUUGCCGCUGCCGCCGCGGCCGCCGGGCCCGUUCGGCGUGGCGGCGGCGGCGGGAACCAGCAAGGUGCCGCCGCGACGCAUCAGCAUCGCCAGCGAGGCCGGCUCCGUGAUCUUCCACGGCGACGACGGUGAUGACGUGGACACCGGUAGCAUCCUGGCGCCGUGGCGCGACGGCAGCGGCGGCGGCGGCGGCGGCGGCGGCCACGGGCCCAGCACGCUGGGGCUGGGGAGGACCAACGCCACGGCGCCGGCGGUGGCGGCGGCGGCGGCGGCGGCAGCGACGUUGGAUGGAAGGGGGCUUGGCAUAACGCCCUGCGAGACAGGACCGGCGACGGUGGCGGCGUCUGCGCUCGCCACGCCGCCGCCGGGCGAGUCGGCGUCAGCGCCGGCAACCGCGGCGGCGGCGGCGGCGCUGGCGCGGACGAAGAGCGACGCAGUGGUAGCCGCCGCCGCCGCGGCGGCGGCGGUGCUGGCGGCGCAGCGGGCGGCGGCGGACGCCGCCGCCGCCGCCAACGCUGCUGACGGCGAUGCGGCGUCAACCACGGACAUUGCCCCGGACGGCGGCGCAGCGGCGCCGGAGGCGGCGUCCGUAGCGGUGGCGGCGGCGGGCGCGCAGCGGUCUUUGCGGCUUCACCCACUGGCGGGCGGGGACGCGGACCUGCUGCAGGUGGCGUCACUCACACCGGCAGGCCUGCCCCCCGCCUCAUCCACGCCCCCUGCUUCCGGGGCCGCGGCCAUCGCCGCAGCCGUAACGCCAGUCCGAACACCCACCGCCGCCGGCGCCGAAGGCGGCGCCGCCGCCGGCGCGCCUGCCGGCGACGCUGUGGCGGUUGGCUUGGCGGAGUCGGCUCUGGAUCCGGCGGUUGCGCAUGUGCUGCUUGAGGAGCUGGCGGCGCACGUGCUUGCCACCGACAUCGGCUUCCACUCGGCAGCCAACCCCGUGCGGCUGCACAAGAGCCUGGCGGCGCUGCAGGUAUCCCCAAUGGAGUUUCGCUACAUGGCGUGCCACACCGUGUUGCUGGGAGACCCCCGGGUCGGGGAGCUGGUGCCGUACGACAUCGUGAAACCGAAACCGUUACUGCACUUUGGCGGCGGCGGCGCAGGCGGCGCUGCAGGCGACAAGGGAGGGGAGAAGCCCGGGCACAGGGGGACGCCCUCCGCGGGCAAGGGCGGCGCCGGCGCCGGCGCCGGGGAGGGCAAGGCUGAGGGAGCGGAAGCGGCAGGAGGGGAGGCGGGCGCAGCCCAACAGCAACAGCAGCCGCAGCCUCUGACACACCAUCACCACCAUGGCGCCACGACGUCGGGAAUGGCCAGCGGUUCCGUGCCGCGGCGGCAGACCCGCUGGUCACUCAGCGGCGCCGCUGGGGCGGGCUCUCGGCCUGCCAGCAACGCCAACAUCAGCAGCCCAGUGCCCCACUCGCCGCUGCAGCUGCCGGCGGCGGCCUCGGCGGACGGUCACGCUGCAGAGCGCGGCGGCGGCGGUGGCGGCGGCGGCGGCGCGAGGUGGCUGUUUGGCCUGGGCAGCAGGGACGGCGGCGGCCACAGCCACCACCACACCGCGCGCUCGCGUGCUGGCACCGGCGACGGCUUUGUCCUGCAGGGUGCGGACGCGGCGUCCGCGGCGGCGGCGCUGCUGCCGGCCUCGCUGCCGCCAGGGCAGCCGCGGCCGCAGCCGGCAGCUCAGCAUCCCACACCCGAGCCCGCGCCUAUGCCGGCGUCUGCAGGCCAUGCACACGAACAGCAUCACCAACAGCAGCAGCAGCAGUCACUGGCGCUCGCUGGUCACCGCCGCCGCUUCAACCCCUUCAGCUUAGGAGGAGGCAGCGGUGGAGGCGCGGGCCCAGACGUCGAGUCGCCCUUCACGGCGCCGCCAGUCGCUGCCGCUGCUGCCGGCGGCGGCGGCGACUUGAGUGGUGGCGGUGCCGUGCCGGCGGGACCAGCAAGCGGCGCCGCCACCCCCACGCCGGCACCCGCUCAUCUUCCCGGCGGUGUCACACACAGCACCGUCGAGUCGCUGUUGGUGACAGGCGACAGCCUCGCCGCCCACACCGGCGCCAGUCCGCUGCCGGCGUCUGGCGCGUCGCGCGACGGCCGCAGCGGCGGCGGCGCGCCGCCGCCGCCGUCGCCGCCGCUGCCACCUCUCGUAGAGGCUGCGUCGCCGGCAGCGGCAGCCGCAGCAAUUGGGUCGGGCUGCUCGUCGCCGGCAACGCCGCAUUUGCAAUUCGCCGUGGCGGCCAACGGCAGCUCCGCCGCCGGCCUUCCUAGCGGCGCAAACAGUGCUGCGCUGGCGCUGCUGCCGGCCGGCGGCAGCUCCAUCGGGACACCGCAGCUGCCGGCAGCUCCGCCGGCGGCGCCGCCGCCAGCGCACGUCAGCCGCUGGCCCUUCGGCCGCCACCGCCGCACCCGCAGCCAGCCGUCCGCCGCCGCCGCCGCCGCCGCUGCGGCGCUGCCGGCAGCAGCAGCUGCAGCCGACGGCGCUGCAGCUGACGACGGCCUCGACAGCGCCGCUGCCGCCACCUCUGCAGGCGACCUCAUUCCGCCGUCGCCGCGCUCUGUGCCGGGCAUUUCCGGCGGCGGCGCGGCUGCCGCCUCCGCCGCCUUUGGCCACCGCUCGCAGCCGCGCAUCAGCGAGAAUGGUAGUGUGGCGGAGAGCGCCGCAGGGCCGCCGCGACCGCCGCCGCCGUCGGCCUCCGUUGCUGUCGCCGCCGCUACGGGCACUCGGCGGCGGCAGACGGGCGUAACCGGCAGUGCGACGCUGGAGGGGCUAGAGGUGGAGGUGAUGCGAUCACUGCAGGUGACGCCGGCGCGGCUGGCGCAGCUGCACGCCUUCACAGCGGCGGUGCAGAGCGUCGCAACCGCCCUCAGCAAGAAGGAGAAGAUGAAAGCCAUCAUGGGCCGCAUCAUCAUGAAGCACGGAUCAGCCGGCAGCAGCCUGUGCGAGUCCUUCGUGGGCGUCGCCAGCGGCGUCGGCGCCGCGGCGGUGGCGGCGGCCAGGGCGGCGGCGGCGGCGCGCGCGGCGGCGAUGGCGGCUGCAGCGUCUGAGGCUGCAGCGUCCGAGGCCGCAGCUGCGGGGACAGCGGCGGACGGCGUGGGGGCGGGAGCGGGCGGCGGCGAGGCUGGCGGCGAGGCAGCCGCGGAGGCGACAACGCCGCCGGCAACCGCGGGUGCGAGUGCAGCGGAGGCGGGCGGUGCUGGCGCGGCAGUUGCGAGUGCGGUGUGAGGGGGCGUGUGAGGGGCGCGGCGGCCGCGGCAGAAUGCCGUGCGCUGCAGUCCGAAACGUUGCCGCCGCCAGCCAGCGCGCCCGACGUGAUCAACGGGCAUGCGGGCAUGUGCAUCGGCACGUGAGCAUGUGGGCAGGCGGCGCCAAGGGCUGUCAACGGCCUGUACCGCCACAAGCGCGAAAGGCGACUUGCAAUAAGCAAUGCGGGAGUUUGCUCAGUUGAAGUGGGGCCUUGGCAAGGGGGCCUGUCCUAGGGCUCGUGGAUCAGGGUUUCCAAAGGCUCAUACGGGGCAUUCGCAGCGCGCAGGAAAGCAGGCAGGCAGGCAGGGUGGCAGGCGGGGUGGCAGGCAUGCAGUUUGGCAAGCAGGAGUGGGCGAGGCGCGUGGAGGCCGCAGCGGCAUACGUGCAGGUGUGCGGGUUCAGGUGCGACCAGGGUGUGAGGGCAGGGUGGUCACGCCCCCCCCCCCCCGCAGCCAGGGGGCUGCGAGGGAGCAGGCGAUCGACAGACGCCCACGCCCGCAAGGCCAGGUCCAGCGUGGUAGCGCGUGUGCGCAGUGCUGUCAUGGUGGCUCGGUUGGCUGGCUUGGUCUGUGUGUACCGGGCUGCCCCGUGCGCCGUACUGCUGAGCUGUCAGCUGGCACGAGGAGCAGCAUCGGUGUACUGUUGUGUGGGUUGCGCAUUUGUGUAGCAUGCAUGCAGCCGUGUGCUGUGGCCUGCGGGAUGGCUGAUGCCGGGACGACUCGAGGGAGGGCGCCGCCCAUACGUACAGUGUGUGCGAUGGGGCGGGGCCAGGUUGGCGGAGUCCCGAAGUGUGCCGCGUACUCCCAGAUACAUCCCAGCAUUCAACAGCCGAACUGCAACGGAAGGCAUGAAAACGUCGGGCCUGGACUGUGAUGAGUGCCUCGUCUCGCGGUUUGCGGGCAGGCAGCAGGACACCCCCUGGCAGGAGACCGUUGUCAAAAGGAAGGAGAGGGCCAUGGCUGCAGGGCCAUGGCUGCAGGGGCUUAUCCUCGUUAGUCAGGGGGCCUCUGCCAGAGCCAGCAGCACAGCAGCUUGAGCCCAUGAACUUCUCAAGCGGCGUGGGCCCUUCCCAUCCUGCGUCGGUAGGAGAAUUACUGUAUAACGCACUAAAGACGCGGUGAGGCGUGUAGUGGCGUGUGGAUGAUUGAGGCCAGAGAGUGUGUCCGCUCGGGUGUCCGCUUUGCCACGCUGAUGGGGAGGAGCAUGUAGAGGACGAAAAUGAUGUGCUGCUUGAGUGCAAUGCGUACGAUGAUAUCAGAAGGACGCUGUGGGAGUGCAUGAGCUUCCUGGCUCGAUCGGACCAAUU